ACAGAUGUCACAAAUGUGACGUGACAAAAGAAAGAACGACUCUGAUCGGGAGGUGAGGUGAACUAACAGACUGCAUACCCUGAAGACCUAAUGCUAAGCAAUUAAUUAAUAAUUUCUGUUUCCUCACAAUUUGGUUAGUUUAUUUUUUUUUAUAGUUUAUUUUUUAUUCCAAGUGUGAUCAACAUUGCGUAAGUACUAGAUGUGUAUGGGAAUUUAACAUGUAACAUUUCAUAAUAUUCUUCUGAAAUAAAUAAAAUGACUUGGAAAAAGACUCGUUCAUUUUGCUGGACGUGAUCAAAGAUCUGAGUCAGUAAAAUGAUCCGAACUUCCCGUUACGCAUGUACUCUGCCGAUGACGAAAUUUGCGUCACGCAUACUGCGCUGCUCCUCGCGUAUGAGCAAAAAGUGAAGCAUACUUUCUGCUUAAACAGGCACGAGCCUGUAAAAUGUUGGCAGUGAACAGGAUGGUGCCGAGCUGCCCGGGCCCUUCGCUCUCAAUUGAGCCCACUCGGGGACUCGUGGACGAAAAGCUCCGAAUCUUCGUGACAAAUUUAAACCCAAACCAGGAGGUGACCCUUCACUGUCUGCAUCAGUCGGAGGACAAGGACUUUUGGGAAGCAUUUGGACACUAUGUGAGCGACGAACAGGGCACUGUGACUGUGGCAAAGGACUCCAGUGUGGGAAGCACGUAUACAGGUGUGGAGUCCAUGGCACUGAUGUGGAGCCUGCAGCCAGUACCAGGCAGCCGAACAGGACUGAGGUUGCGAAAGCGAGAUGUCCUCACACCAAUGGUAUUCCACAUUUCUGUGUAUGAUGGACACAUGGCUCAGGAUUUUAUCCAGCUCACACCGUUAGUGACCAUCGUCAUAGAAAGAUGGUACACGGCUCCAGGUGUGCAGAGGGUCGAUGUACGUGAGAAAGGAGUUCGAGGAACUUUGUUCAUCCCUCCAGGUCCUGGCCAAUUUCCAGGUGUGUUGGACAUGUGGGGAGGAGGAGGCCUGGUGGAGUAUCGAGCUGCGCUGCUGGCCUCACAUGGCUUUGUCGCUUUUGCUCUGGAGUAUCUGACUGCAGAUGAAAUAAAAGACAUUAGUGUAUCUAACUUUGAGAUUGCAUAUCAGAUCAUACAGGAGCAUCCCAUGGUGCUAAGGGACAGAGUGGCUCUGUUGGGCCUCUCAUUCGGUGCUUCUGUUGCUCUUUCUAUGGCUGCUCACUCCUCUGUCAUCAAGCCCCAGUGUUGUAUAAGCAUCAGCGGCAGUCACGUCGUUCCUGUACGUAAUACUAUAUCUGAAGUCUAUGAAUGGUUAAGCAGACUGUUUCAUAAAGUGCGUAUAAUGGACAAUCGGGUCAUCUGGAGAGACCUUUCGCUGCCCAUCCCAACAGAUCCAGCCGAGAAAGUGGAUGUUGGCCUGAUAAGAUGUCCACUGCUUUUGGUUGUUGGUGGUGAUGAUCAGAACUGGGCCACACUGGAGUCAGCUGAAGAUAUGGAGAGAAUAACUGAAAAGGCUGGGAAUCGGCACUUGCUCAAGAUCCUGAUCUAUCCUGGUGCAGGUCACCUAAUUGAGCCACCGUACACUCCACACCACAGAGCCUCCAACUUCAUGGUUGCUGGCAAAGAGAAAGUGAUCAUGCUUUGGGGUGGUCAGACCAGACUGCAUGCAUAUGCACAAGAAGACUCAUGGGAGAAGAUUUUGGACUUUUUACGCCAACACCUCUGCUAUGCAGGUCCACAGGCCCGACUGUAGUGCUGUGAGAAGUUGUUUUGCUUUGUGUAAUUGAUAAUGAAAAACAAAGAGAAUAACUCUCAAAAUGUCUGUCACACUUCUUCACUACCACUACAAAUGAAAUGAUAAUUUGCAAAAACCUGAGUGGUAGACAAGUUCAAGUGUUGCAUUGAUGGAUAAAAUAAACAAAGGAUAAUUCAGAGAGUCAAAUUAAAUGUCACACGAACAAUAAAAUGUUCCAAAUAAAAUCUUGAAAUGUUUUGAUUCAAUUUUAAUCUUAAUAUUAUUAAUGCUAAAUAUUAUUAAAAUAAAGCAACAUAUACAGAAAUGACAGUUUAAUAUAUAGCCUACAAUUGUUGUGGAGUGAGGGGGUCCUUGUGGAUUGUUCGAAAUAUGCUAGCGGUCCAAAGCUCACAAAAGGUUGAGAACCACUGGUCUAGUGUAUGAAUUUUAGAAAGGUAAUAUAGUCUCAAAUGGAACACAUUAGUUUUUUACCAACCUGAAAGUUUGCCCCCAUGUGAUCAAUCGGUUUAAUCGGCCAACUAAUCGAUUAUGAAAAUAAUCGUUAGUUGCAGCCCUAGUGUUAUUCCACUUUAUUACACAUAACUUUAUUUAUGGACUUUAAUGUUGUGAAUUCUUUAUAUUUCCAGAUUUCUUGAGUUAAUAGUAAUUGAUGUCUGGUGAAAGUUUCCUGUGAAUAGUGUCAUUGGAAAUAUAUUUAUUUAAAAAAAAAGUUGAUGCGUCCAAUACUUAUUUCCCCCUCCGUACACUUUAUGCAGAUGAUGGUGCACAAAGUUUUUAAAUGUGCAAAUAAAAUAACAAAAAGACAUUGUGUUAUGAGUGCUACAAAUUUUGUUAAGUUUUUACCAAUAGGAGGCACUAUAUCUAUGAGUCAGUGCUAUAAUGUUAAAACCAUGAUAAAUACUCUAUUAACACAAUACGUAUGAAUUCUCAGCCACAUUGCAUGAUGCAUAGUGAAAUUAUACAAUGCUUUAUGU